AUGCCGAUCGGAGACCUCCUGGCUCAGAUCACCGGCGGGAAGCCCUCGGACAGCCCUGCGCCCGCCGUUCAACGGAUGCCGAGCGUCUCGGUCAAGCGGAAGGCCGAUGAUGACAUUUCCAGGACCGACGCCAAGACACCGCGUCUGUUCACGCAGCCGACAAAGGCCCCAGAGCGCCCUGCGAGUGCUACCCUGCCGAAACCACCAUCAACUACAACAUCCUCGAAGUCACCGUCGACUACAACAUCCUCGAAGCCACCAUCGACUACAACAUCCUCGAAGCCAGUCAGCCUUGCCACUCGACCAGCGAAGCCUGCCGUUGCUAGCAAACCACCGUCCGCGCCCCUCGUCGACCCAAACAAGCCUAAAGCGCCUCCGAAGAAGGGAUCCUAUGCCGAAAUUCUCGCGAGGGCUCAACGGGCCCAAGCGGUGAUGGGCCAGGUGGGCAAGAUUCAGCAUAAAAAGGUCGAGAAGGGGGCUAUCAAGAGGGACAAGGAGAGAACAGACGUCAAGGGUGCAACGUCAGGUGCUCAGAGCAGCAAGGCUCCAGUUGGCUACAAAGGAUCAGCAAGGCCGGCACAGCGCAACGGUACGAAUGGGAGUGCGCUUUCAAAAGACCGCAACGGUGCUGCGUCUCGCACCCCUGCCAAGGGCAUGACGUCGUCACGGAAGGCGCCGGUGCCGGAGCCCGAGAAGAAGGUCAAGAAGGCAGCGCUGGCAACGACCGGCUAUACCGGAACAGCCCGCCCCAAGCCCGGCAACACGCUGAAGAAGAGCAACGCUCCACGCGGAGGUGCCCUGCUCAACGCCCCUCCACCCCGACCCGGCGCCAACCGACGAUCCCGAUACGAGGAUGACUAUGACGAGGACAUGGACGACUUCAUCGAUUAUGACGACGAGGAAGACGAGGGUCCGCGUUACGGUUAUGCCUCUGACGCCUCAUCCGACAUGGAGGCUGGCCUGGACGACAUUGACGACGAGGAACGCAUGGCUGAGCGGAUCGCGCGCCGCGAGGAUCUGCGGGAGGAGCAGCUCGAGAGAUCCCUCAAGAUGGCCAAGGAGGAGAAGAAGCGCAAAGCUCUCGAAGCGUUGCGGGCCAACCGACGCUAA